AUGUUCAAGAAGUUGAAAGAGAAAGUCAAGGGAGAGAAUAAUGGGGCUCAACAGCAUGUUUCCGGGGGGCGCACGCAACAACAACUACAUCCUAACAACCCGUAUUACUCAUCUUCGCAACAAUACACCGCAUCUACAGAGAAGUAUCAGGCGCCCUCAGGUCCACCCCCCGGUAAGUCCUCGUCAAAAUCAGAGUACCAUGCACCUCCAGGGCCGCCUCCAGCACAUGCUGCAAACUCGACCUAUGCGCCUCCACCAGGUCCACCAUCUGCACACUACCCUGAUGAAGCACCACCCAGCUACGAAGCGCCAGUGCGACAUAACUGGCAAGUGAUUCCAGACACUGCGCUUCUACCACCGCCGCCAUCGAUCGGAUACGAGAGCUCACCAACGGCUAACUCGACUACGGACGAAGGCGAACGAGCAUACAACUGGUGUAAUGCGAAUCCUCUUUGGCCGCCGUACAACAUCGAGCCGUCAACUCAUGCAGCUAUCCAGAACGCGCAGCUUGCUCUCUUGCGCGCGCCGAGUCUUGUCGGAGACAUCAUGCCACAGCCGCAAGCUGGGCACUGGAAAGUUCGCACCAAAGCCAACUGCCGCGACUCCAGCAUAUUGACGAACCUGCCGAUGUAUUCCGCUCUCGUCGAUACACCGCUGUGCACUCAACAACCGAAGACGAUCUACUUCGAACUCAGAGUGACUGGUAUUGGUCGAGGCGGAUUUUCUCUCGAGCAGGCAGAUGCAGGUAUUGCAGUUGGUUUCAUUGCACCGCCGUACCCUACUUUCCGACUUCCUGGCUGGCAGCGUGGUGGCCUCGGUGUGCAUGGCGACGACGGCCGAAGAUAUGUCAAUGAUACUUGGGGUGGUGUUGACUUCACGACCGCCUUCGCGCCGGGCGACACCGUUGGCAUUGGCAUGACAUUCGCAAUCCCAAAGAACCCACCAAGCUAUGAGACAGGGCAGCAAGGAAGGCUGAUGGACAUUGAGGUGUUCUUCACGAGAAACGGAAAGAAGGAAGGAUGUUGGGAUGGGAAUGAAGAGCUAGACGCGCGAAGUGAGGGAGGUACCGUAGGCUUGAGGGGCGAUUUUGAUUUGUUCCCCGCCAUUGGGGUGUUCGGUGGUGUUGAUUUCGAAGUCUUCUUCCAUCCUUCUCAGUGGCUCUACCGACCAGCAUAA